GGCGUCUUCUUUCAUCAGAUGGAAUACUGAAGCUCGCAGCGAAGGAGAAAGCUAUAGGAAGAAAGGAAUCACAACUGGCUUUAUCUGUCUUUAUUGCCACACUAAAUUUAAGGACAUUAUCUACCAAAUGAAAGAGAAAUGAAGGGUCCAUCGCGCGUGGAUCUUGACAACUUUGCCUUCUCUAACCCUAGCUAGAAGACACGAUCACAUUCCGUGGGUGCUGGAUCAAAGGGUGGUCAAGUUGAUCUCUCACGGAUGACCUCAAUCUGUACUGAGACCAAAAAUGCCGGUGUGCACUCCAGCUCUUGCAGGCAGCUGUGCUGCUGGUCCCCCGGCGGUGCGAGGUUGUGGCCAGUAUCAUAAAGUUAGGGUAAAUCCAAGGGGGAACCUACCACUUCAAACCUCUAUUUAUGCCCCCUCGACUCCCUCCCUCUCCCCUCAAGCCAAUCAAGCCUUCCUCUUCUCCUCUUGUUCUUCCCCUGGCCAACACUCAUUGUCCCAAUGAGGAUGCGUCUUCUUGGGCUUGCUGUGAUUGCUUUCGUCUCGUUGCUCUCUGCUGCACAUGGGUAUGGAGGGGGAUGGACCAGAGCUCAUGCUACCUUCUAUGGUGGAAGCGAUGCGUCGGGGACAAUGGGUGGUGCUUGUGGCUACGGCAACUUGUACAGCCAAGGGUAUGGGACUAACACAGCUGCCCUGAGCACAGCCCUCUUCAACAAUGGCCUCAGCUGUGGAGCUUGCUAUGAGCUGAUGUGCGUGAACGACCACCAAUACUGCCUGCGGGGAACCAUCGUGGUCACUGCCACCAACUUCUGCCCGCCCAACAGCGCCCUCCCAAACGAUGCUGGGGGAUGGUGUAACCCUCCCCUGCAGCAUUUCGAUCUCUCUCAGCCCGUCUUCCUCCGCAUUGCUCAGUACAGGGCUGGAAUUGUGCCCGUCGCGUAUCGCAGGGUCCCAUGCAGGAAGAGAGGAGGGAUCAGGUUCACCAUCAAUGGCCACUCCUACUUCAACCUGGUUCUGAUCACCAACGUUGGAGGAGCCGGAGAUGUGAACGCGGUGUCCGUCAAAGGGUCCAGGACCGGGUGGCAGUCCAUGUCCAGGAACUGGGGCCAGAACUGGCAGAGCAACAGCUACCUCAAUGGCCAAGCCCUCUCCUUCAAGGUCACCACCGGCGACGGACGCUCUCUGGUCUCCUACAAUGUGGCUCCUGCAAGCUGGUCCUUCGGACAAACCUUCAGCGGUGGCCAAUUCCGCUAAACCAUUUCGGUUCGCGGUAAAGAUUACAUUGCAUGGUAUAUACUGGAGUCUCAGUGUACAAUUUAGAGAUCAGAGGGGCUUGUUUUACUUCGGCCCUUCGUAGUAUUGGUAUUGAAUUCGUCGUCUAGGCCUUGUAUUAGAGGCUUACUACUGCUCUUGGAGAAGAAAAGUUAAGGGAACUGCUUCUCUCUUCGGGCAGAUGCUAGCAGCGGUGGAAUCCUACUACCCGCUCGGUAUCAGAUAGGAUGAGGGACGGGUGUUUUUGGUGUGGUGUUCUUUUAACUCUGAGAGAAGGAGAUUCUGAAGAGAAGGCUCCUUUUUGCUUGUACUGUUGUUGCAUUUGCUGUAUUAACCAUAUAAUUUAUGCUAAGUGGAUCUAUUUGUUUUGGAAGA